ACCACCAUCUUAAAUCCAUCCUUCUAGCCAGAGUCAGAAAGGCCCAAUAAAUGUAAAGGCGCUCUGGUUCCUUGUAUUAAACUCUUUCCUAGGCUCACGUUUCCGGGGCCUGAUGGAUCCCUUUAACCUCAAGCAGUUUCUAAUUUCAGGACAAAUAGUGGAUUCUUGGACACUCAGCCGUUUUAUUCACCUCUCUCCUCCUCCCUCAGCUACUGAGGGGUCCAGGGAAGCUCCCAGUCAUGUAAAUCUCUACAAAUAGUGCACAGAGAGCCCCCUCCAAAGCGGACAACGUCCUAAAAUCCCAAACUUUUCCCCUCAUCCUUUUACUUCAUCUCCUGUGGAUUGCUGCUGCUGCUGCUGUUGUUUAAUAAACAUCUUCUGUCAAGGGGACAGAGAAGAGGAAAUGAGGGCCUGUGGGGUGGAGGUGGAGGUGUGUGUUGGGGGGGACAGGACCACCUCCUCUUCCAGUAUCGUCUCGGGCCUCUGUGGCUGCUCCCCGAGCUGGGGCUCUCUCCCUCCCUCCGCCCUUGCUCUCCCUGCCUCCCCGACCCGCCUGGGGAGAGGGCUCCACAGCCUGCGUCCCUCCCGAGGCAGCCCGCCGCUUCCCUCCGCCUCUCCUCCACCCCCGCCGCCCCAUGUCGAGAACUGCCCCCCUUCCUGCAGCGGGAGGGGGGACCGGGCAGCCGGCAGCUCAGGCUGAGGUUACGUGGCCGCCGGAGCCCUGACGUGAUAGCACAUUGCAUCAGCAUAAAACAAUCCAUCCUCGAUAUGGAAUGCGGUGCGGACGGAUGACAGCGAGAGCGCAGCCUCCUCGCCCGAUUGAUUUAUGUCGGAGCUGACGCUUUAUCAGGCAGUCGGAAAAACUUUGACCAAUCAUUUUGCAAGGAGCGCUGAGCCUGGCUGCUCCACUGUACUUUGUUGGCUGAGAAGUUGAGCAGGGGGUGGGGGUGGGAGGGUGGGGGGCUGGGGGGGUCGCGUCCGAAAGCCCUCACACCGGUCCGGGUGCCACCUCUCCCUGCUUGGGCGCCGCCGCGCGAGCGCUUCCCUUCCCCCUGCGAGCUCCCGGAUAAUGUCUGAGAAUGUCCAUUUCUGGGACGCUUAGCAGCUAUUAUGUCGACUCGAUCAUAAGUCACGAGAGUGAGGACGCGCCUCCAGCCAAGUUUCCUUCUGGCCAGUACGCGAGCCCGCGGCAGCCGGGCCACGCGGAGCACCUGGAGUUCCCCUCGUGCAGCUUCCAGCCCAAAGCGCCGGUGUUCGGCGCCUCCUGGGCGCCGCUGAGCCCGCACGCGUCCGGGAGCCUGCCGUCCGUCUACCACCCUUACAUCCAGCCCCAGGGCGUCCCGCCGGCCGAGAGCAGGUACCUCCGCACCUGGCUGGAGCCGGCGCCGCGCGGCGAAGCGGCCCCGGGGCAGGGCCAGGCGGCGGUGAAGGCGGAGCCGCUGCUGGGCGCGCCUGGGGAGCUGCUUAAACAGGGCACGCCCGAGUACAGUUUGGAAACUUCGGCGGGCAGGGAGGCCGUGCUGUCUAAUCAAAGACCCGGCUACGGGGACAAUAAAAUUUGCGAAGGAAGCGAGGACAAAGAGAGGCCGGAUCAAACCAACCCCUCCGCCAACUGGCUGCACGCUCGCUCCUCCCGGAAAAAGCGCUGUCCCUACACCAAAUACCAGACGCUGGAGCUAGAGAAGGAGUUUCUGUUCAAUAUGUACCUCACCAGGGACCGUAGGCACGAAGUGGCCAGACUUCUCAAUCUGAGUGAGAGACAAGUCAAAAUCUGGUUUCAGAACCGGCGGAUGAAAAUGAAGAAAAUGAAUAAGGAGCAGGGCAAAGAGUAAAGAUUAAAGAUUACCCCCAGUCCUCCCCAGCUCUUCCCCAUCUCACUCUUAUUUAUGUGACGACUGCAAAGCCAGCGUUGUCUGGGAUGUAUUCAAGUGAAUGGGGAAGGGAGUCUCUCUUCUAAGUCCUUUAUCUGCACCUAGAGCCUCUCUCCUUUCCUUUGCCCUUACCUGUCUCUCUCUUCUCCCUGGGUGUCAGGAGAAAGUUUUGUUGAUUUAGAAGAUAGAAGUAGCUGGUUCCUAAGAAUGUGAUUGGCCACAAGGAAAGAGAGACCCUAGUCAAGCUCCUAGUAUGCCCUGUAAUUUUUCCGGGAAGUCCUAGCCCCUCACUUCCAGCUUGCCUGUUUCUUCUCUACACCCACCCAAAAGUCACCCAGGGACACUCCAACUCCACACAGCUCAGCAGACACCCACACAGUAAUAAUGGGGCAAGCUCACAACCACCCUUCAGUCAAGUGAAAUGACGCUCCAGAUGCAGACCAUCGCACACCAAAUUUGGCAAAACAGCCCUCAGAUCAUCAGGCAAGCCCGGAUUCUAUCCCUGAUGCAAAUACCCACAGGGGAGAUGUCUAGAGGCAGACUCCUGAGUGAGGUGUUGCAGCCCAAAGGCUGCAGCAUUGCCAUACCAUCCCCAUGGAGUUGCCAACUAUUCUCAGGCCAAGGGCCAUGGGGAAGAUGGGGCAAACCUAGCCCCCAAGCUGGUGGGCUAGAAAGUACAAGAAAAGGCAGCACUUGGUUUUAUGAAGGUAUCUUAGGUGGAGCUACUCGCCACCUCCCACCAACAUGUACAUUUUGUUGCAGGAAAUGUUUAAUUCUGCAUGAUGUUUCCCUCUCCUUCCAACAAAAGAAGGUCAAACUGUGGGUCGUAGAGCCUUGACAAUGUUGUCCUCCUGUUCAUCUGUGCACCACUUGACAGACUGUAGCUUCUCUUACUCUCCACCGGCCCUGCAUUCUUCCGCAUCCUCCCUAGCUCUGAAAUCAACUCUCGAAUCCACCUUGCACCCGCGAGUAAAGCCGCCCCUUGUAGAAAACCCCCUCCACCCUCCAUUCCCCGCUAGGUCAAACCCCACUGUAGACAGGAAAGCCAGGCCAGGAGAGUCCGAAUGAAAAUUUAUUGUGAAUCGAUUCCCAAGCUCCCUUCCGGGACAAGUGGUCUGGGACAGGGAGGAGCAAUGGCCCCAGCGCUCAAAGCUCUACGCGUUCCUCCGAAUCCCGUCGGCUUCUCAACCCACGCGGAGGAGCCCCGGGCCUGGCGGCUGCAGCCCCAGCGCUAAAGGAGACCGGCCUCAGGGCCGGGCUUUGCCUCCUGCUUCAUGGGCCUGGAUGCCGAUCUGCGCGGCUGGUGCGUGCGCGCGUUUCUGGGGAACAGUCCCGCGUGCAAAGGAAAGAGGCAAAAUCGCACCUAAGCAUCAGAUGGAAGCUUACUCUCUGCUUCCCCUCCUCCCCCUGCUCCCCUACUUCUCAAUCCCCUUCAAUUCGUAGACUCUUGCUCCUGCUUCUCCUGAUCCUGCAAGGGGACAUUCCAGUAGAAGUUUUUUGCUUUGUCGGUGGCUGUCGUGAAAUUGUGCUUGUGUUUCGUGAUUUCUUUGGGGGUGAUUGUCUCGCCUGUUUUCAGUUGUCGAUUAUAUGGGAGGGUUCUGGGUGGGAGUGGGGAGGGGUAGGGGCCUAGAGCUCUAAUUGUUUGUUUUGGAAGAAAAAAAGAAAAAGAACAAAAAAUAUAUAUCACUAUAGAAAAUAAAUCUCUCCUGUGUCUUAUUCUGUGUUGGCUCUCUGGGCCUGACCAUAGGUAGAGAUCCCAGUUGUCAGGAGAAAGGCUUGAAAAAAAAAAAACAACAACAAAAGAUAGCUGAGUUCAGGAGGUUUCUCCUUAGACCCUGCAGGGCAAGGUCCCCUGCAGAGCUCUCUAGAGGUGGAGCUGAGAGCCAGUCCCAGACCUCAGGUCCCAAGACUACUGGUUAAACUGAUCAAGAGCCUUCCAACAGGAGAACUGGAAAACUGGAGGUGGUGGGGAAGGAAAUGUGGGUUGUCUGGAGAGGGGACAGGGUCUGGAGAGCAAUGAGGUCCUGAGACCUCCUCACUGACUUGAAAAUAGGAGGGAAGGUAGGUCUUCCUGCAGCUCCUGAGAAUGUCACCUUAGUUUGGCCACUUUAAAAUAUGAUGCAAGGGAGGAACACAGUAAUUUCCCUCUGUUCUUCCCUGCAGCAGGGUGCCUAGGUCUAGACAGAGGCCUCCAGAGGGCUGGAAUCUCCUUCCUUCCAUUCAAAGGGAGCCAACCCCUUAGGGUUCUCGGCCUCCAGCUGGGGUUGGAGGCUCCAGUUUGAGCCACAGGGUAGCAGCCUUGGUCUGAGCUGGGUUGGGUUGGUAGGGGCUGAGACCUGGGUAAGCACCUCUGCAAAGGGUGGAGAGGGCAUUGAGUGUGAAGCAGAAAUGUGUUAGUAGAAAAAUUCACCACCCAAAAGGACCCCAGAAUUAAACUCAGUUUCAAGAGGCACCUUUUUGUCCCUCUCAGACUGAGGGAUUUCGCCAGAGCCUCUCAUGAAGACCGCAGUUUUUGGGCAGCCUGCGCUUCUCAUCCAGGCCUUGGGAUUCCACUUCGGCCGUGCCGGCGCUCCCGAGCCGGCCUUCCGCAGGAGCCUCUCCCCAACCCAAGCCGACAACACUGCGGCCCGCGGAGACCCUGCGGGUUGGGGUAGAGUUGGGAACAAAGCAUGGCCCGAGUGAAGGGAGCCUGCAAGUGAAAAGGCCAGGCCUACCCUCCUCCAACGAAAGGACAAACUGAUCCGAGUGAGGGCAGGAGGCAGGAGAAAGCGGAACUCGGCGUCAGGCAGGCCCGGACAGGCACCCUCCAAGGAGGGUUUCACUGGGGAUACAAAAUGAAUCUGACUUUACUGCGGGUGUAGACCAGGCUCCUGCCCCAUCCUGGGCUACCCAGGCCCAGCCAGUGCUGACAGCAAACACAGAACGUCGGUUUCUGCCUAAAGCAAACGCUCAGCGAGGCGGGAACAGAGGGGAACAGAGGGCAGUGCUGCGUGGUAGGGGCGAGGGCGCUUGGAGGGGCCUCUGCCAGCAGCGUCUGGGUCCCCAGCCCAGGGCUGCUUCUUUAAAGACAAACAAAGGCGAAGAUGCGGAGGCUCGGAAGCUGGAGAUGGGGAAAUCAGUUGUCAUAAAAGAGAGAUUCAGAGAGGGAGACCGCCAGAGUGCGAGGCAGAGAGAAGCCGGGAGAGGAAUUCAAUGCCGUGCGCGCAGCAAUAAAAGAAUAUGACCGCUA